UCCAACAUUCUCUAUAUAUAGUUAGAGAGAGGGAGGAAGGAACAGAGGCUGUUUCGUUUUCCUUCCAUUAACAAUCAAAAGAUCAAAGAAAAAGCAUCCCAAGCUUGCUUCGGUUUUUCCUUCCAUCUCCAUUAUCAAUCAAAAGAUUAAAGGGAACACAAAGCGAAAAUCUUUGAUGAGCAAACAAUGUCUCCAAAGGAGCUCUACAAUGUCCUCAGCGCAGUAUUUCCUCUCUAUUUCGCCAUGUUCCUGGCCUACUCCUCCAUCAAAUACUUCAAUCUCUUCACCCCCGAGCAAUGCUCCGGCAUCAAUCGCUUCGUCGCCAUCUUCGCCAUUCCCCUUCUCUCCUUCAAUUUCAUCACCAAAAUCAAUCCUUUCCACAUGCAUUUCCUCUUCAUCGCCGCAGAUUCCCUCUCCAAGCUCUUUGUCCUGUUCCUCCUCUUCUGCUGGUCUCGUUUCUUUAAAAAGGGCAGCUUGGAUUGGUCCAUAACUUUCUUCUCCAUCGCCACCCUCCCGAACACGCUUGUCAUGGGAAUCCCUCUUCUGAAAUCCAUGUACGGAGAUGAACAGGAGGAUUUAAUGAUUCAGAUUGUGGUGAUGCAAUCCAUUGUUUGGUACACGCUUCUGCUCUUUCUCUUUGAAUAUCGUUCUGCAAGGAAUUCGUUAAUGGAGAAAAUGAGCAGCGAUGGUGUUGGGGAUCAGGAGAGAGGAAUCGGUGAAGAAGAAUUAAUUCAGGUUGUUGUAUGCAAUUCAUCAUCUGAGAAUGAGACUCAAAAAUCUCAGUUUGUGACCAAGGUAUCUCCAGAAUUGGAAGAAGAAGAAGAAGUUAAGACUGCUGAGAAGCUUCCUGAGAUCGAAGAACAAAGCAAACAACAAGGUGUUUGUGAGAGUUCAGUGCAGGUUUGCCGCAGAGAAGAAGAAGAAGGUAAGGAAGAAGAUGAGAAACCUCAACCAAACAAGCUUUCAAUGCUUUUAAUAUUGAGAUUGGUCUUCCACAAGCUCAUCAGAAAUCCAAAUACCUAUGCUAGCGUGCUUGGUCUUGUCUGGGCUCUGAUUUCUUCAAAAUGGAAUGUGAAAAAGCCAUUAAUAAUGGACAGCUCAAUAACCAUUCUGUCAAAUUCUGGAUUAGGAAUGGCUAUGUUCAGUCUUGGGUUGUUCAUGGCCAUGCAACAUAGCAUAAUACCAUGUGGGAAGAAGAUGGCUACUUAUGGCAUGAUUAUAAGAUUCGUUGCUGGUCCAGCUUUUAUGGCAGUGGCUGCAAUUGUUCUUGGUAUCAGAGGCACCAUUCUGAAAGUCUCAAUUGUUCAGGCUGCCUUGCCACAAGGAAUUGUGCCAUUUGUGUUUGCGAAGGAAUAUAAUCUUCAUCCUGAGAUGCUAAGCACUGCGGUUAUAUUUGGGAUGAUUGUGUCAUUGCCAGUCACAAUAUUGUAUUACAUGGUUCUGGGUUCCUGACUCAUUUUCAGUGCUCGGAUUUCUCUGGUUCUGAGAUGGGCGAAUAUGAAAUGAAGAAGUUUUUAGCUUUUAUAAUUGGUGUAUAAUAUAAUUUAUAUAUAUAUUAUUGUACUAGAUGACAAAAGUUUAGCCUUCUUGUUUGAAUGUUCAGUAUAGUAUGCGACCCUUAGUUACAUUUUUA